CUGAACGAUGCUGUAAAACAUUUUCAGUUAGUUCUGGACCAGUGCCCAGUCAGCUAUCCGGACUGCGCAGCAGCUCUCACUAACCUUGCAUGGGCCCGCCUUCAAGGCUACAUUCGAAACAAUCUUCAUGAUAUCGACUCUAUCACUUCUCUCUUCCGCGAAGUCCUUGUAUUGCGUCCGCAGGGUCACCCCGAUCAUCUGUUAUCUAUCUAUCACCUCACCUCAGCACUGACCUGGCGCUACGGCAAGGAGCAUACUGUCGUCUAUAUCCACAGGUCCACGCAACUGUUCUGCAAGCUAUCGCCCCUCUAUCCAGAGGGCAGCUACUUUCGUAGCAUCGUGGUAGGAGCAAAUGGCGUCGAUUAUGUGAUCCGCGAAUGCAACAACCUUCCAACCGACGCAUUCGAUGAAGGCAUCCACCUUCGACGAGUCGUGCUCGAGCUCUGUCCUCUGGGCAACAAACGACGCCCCAGAGCCCUCCAUGAGCUUGCACAGGCAGUAGAACAACGCUUCCAACAACACGGUAGCAUUGAUGAUCUAGACGAGUGCAUACAAUGUCGUCGUGAAGCCGUUUCUCUGUGCUGCGAGGGACAUUCUGAACGUGGCACUUACUUGAACAACUUAGCCUCGUCACUCAGUCACCGCUUUGAUCACCAAGGCACCUCAGGUGACCUCAACGAGACCAUCUCUUUGUACAAAGAAGUGCUGCGCCUGCGCCCUGUUGGGCAUAAAUAUCGUGAUUUAUCAUUGAACAACCUAGGAGCCGUGCUUCUCACCCGUUUCAACCAAUGCAAUGAUAUCAACGACAUCACCAGAGCCAUCAGCCUCCAGCGCAAGGCACUAAUGUUGCGCCCGCUUGGGAAUCCAUAUCAUGAUUCCAAGCUCAACAACCUUGCUCUUGCGCUCCAAAUCAGAUGUGGCAAAUUGGAUGCCAGCGAGGAUCUCGACGAGGCCAUCGACCUGUACCGGGGUUCACUUCAGUUAACGUGGCAUGGCGAUACACUUCGCCAUACAAUUCUUCCCAAUUUGAGCGCAGCGCUCUCUUCUCGCUUUACGCAUACUCGGAAGAAUGAAGUCAUCGAGGAGGCCAUUCGACUCUGCCAAGAGCCGCUGGAGGAUUUACCUUCACUGCACCCAGACAGAUAUUUCAGCUACCGGUGGCUGCAGCAAGCCUAUUUGUCUCGUUACCGAGCUCAACACAACCUCGCUGAUUUGUCGCUUGCUGUAGAGAGCUUCAGACUGCCAUCGAGACACCCUACUCAGGGCUUUCCAUGCUGCAAAGCCCGGAAGUGA